UAUCAACUGACAACUUCCUGUUAUCAUGAAGGUCUUCCUAUAUCCAUGUUCCACUUCCGACAACAACUUAUGAAGUAAUAUGGCUGAGUUGAAUCGACAGUUACAAGACUACUUGGCGCAGUCAAAAGGUGCCAAAACGAUAUCUCAGUCCAGCUCCAGCACAACAAUAGACAUAGAUGAACCUGCGUCAGCUCCCGGGAGUUGGUUUGGGAGGUGGUCAAGUCCAAUUUCAUAUUCUAGCGGCCGCGGAUCUACGGGCCAAGGGACGAGCAGCGGAUUUUCCUGGCCAUGGUCUUCCGAACCGGACCCUUGUUUGCCGGGUAUGAGCCGGUCGCAGAGGCUCGUUGCUUUUGGGACUUGUAUUUUCUUUUCGGCAUUGUGCUUUGGACUCUCAGCCUUGUAUGCACCUUUACUCUUGCUGAAAGCGCGGAAGUUUGCGCUUCUUUGGUCUCUGGGCUCUCUUUUUGCUCUCCUCGGCGCAGCGAUACUACGAGGACCCAGCAAGCUCAUCGCGACACCGACGCCUGGCGCAGUUGUUUACCUCUGCUCUCUAGGUGGAACUCUCUACGCUGCUCUCAGUCUCCAUAGCACACUACUUACUGCACUGGGAGCGGCUUUUCAGAUUGCCGCGAUCGUGGGCUAUGUAGUCGCCUUGUUGCCUGGUGGAACCGCAGGGAUGCGAUUUGUUGGUGGAAUGGCAGUUUCGGCCAUCAAAAGAACUGUAACCGGCAAAACCAUGCCAAUCUGACCAAUUAUAUUUUGAAGUGGACUGUCUGACAAUGUAACGCCGUGCGCUCUUCUAUCGGAUGGUAGCCUACAUUGACACUCUCUUUAAUACCUACAUCAUAGGGUAAUAAAACCCUUUUCGAGGACCAUAGCCCGUUUUUCUCAUAGCAACUUUGUAACACUUGAGCUAUGUUUAGUGUUAACUUCGAUGCAGUCUUGUUUAUUAAAGGGACCAGGCUUUAAAAGAAGUCUUGUGACAGGCAUGUCAAACCUGCUUAACACCUGUGCAAGAACUGUAGAAACUGUGAUAGCGAUUUUUGGUGACAUUCCAGUAAACUAUUUAAGUGUAAGUGCACCCAAAAAAAUGUUUUUUUUUUCAGCUGUAAACUAAAUGAUAUGACUGAACUGUGAUGAAACACAAUGCUGGUGUUAAUAUUUUUAUU